ACUGAAUGUCAGAAAUUUGUUUUUCUAACCUACAUUGACAAUUAUAAAUUACAAGUAUUUCAAUUUACGUAAAAUGCGUUUGUUGUCGUUAAAAAAAUUACUCGUAACGCCGAAAUGCGUUGGAAACAGGCAGCUGUUCACUUGGGUCAACAUUAUGUUUAAUAAAGUCGACGAAGAUAGGCGAAAGCAUCUUGGUCCUGACAGGACCUGUGCUGAAUGGGUGUUGAGGAAUGGAGGCAAAGUAAGAUGGAAAGGCACCAAUGACUUCUUAUCUGAUUACAACAGCUUACCAAUUGAAGGGACAAUGCUGAGAUUGGAGGAGGUUGAUGGCUCAAAUUCCAGUAUCAGUCAUGUUGGAUUUCCUCAUUUUGUUGGAUGCAAUGAUUUGCUGAGAAUUAUCCUUCACAAAUGCUACUACAUUGAGGAUGAGGGUCUUAGCUACCUAAGUGAACUCAAUGGAAGAUUAAAGUACCUACAAAUAUCUUCAUGUGGGAAUAUCACUGAUGAAGGAAUCAAGAGGUUGGAUAAACUGAAUAAAUUAAAAACUUUGGUCUUAUUUGAUUUACCUCAUGUCAAGAAGAAAGAGGAAACUCUUGAGUAUUUGAAACACUUCCUGGUAGAUACCAGCAUUGAGUUUAAGUAAUUUAUUGUUUAUAAAACUGUAUUUGUUUUAUGUCACAGAAAUAAAGAUAGAUAUAUAUAUAUUA